AUGUCUUUACCUUACAAAAAACUUCAAGGAUAUGAAUUUUAUCAGAACGUUCUUAAUGGAGCAAAAUUUUUUUUAGCGCCUAUGGUUGAUCAGUCAGAAUAUGCAUGGCGUAUUUUGUCACGUCGUUACGGUGCUCAAGUUUGCUAUACUCCAAUGCUUCACGCAAAAAUGUUUUGCGAUGAAAGUAAUAAACAAUAUCGGUCUGAUGUAUGGUCUACUGGAAUAGACGAUCGUCCAUUAAUAGUUCAGUUUUGUGCUAAUGAUGCAGAGGUAUUACUCAAAGCUUCCCUAAAAAUACAAAAUCAAUGUGAUGCGAUCGAUCUAAAUUUAGGCUGUCCACAACAUAUCGCCAAGCGUGGACAUUAUGGAUCUUUUUUACAAGAUGAAUGGGACUUGAUUUAUAAAUUAACUAAAAUACGCGUUUUUCCCGAGGUAGAAAAAACAAUAAGAUAUGCAAAAAUGAUUGAAAGCGCAGGAGCACAAUUAUUGACAGUGCACGGUCGAGUGCGUCAACAAAAAGGGCACAAAACUGGUUUAGCUGACUGGGAACAAAUUCGUCAAGUUAAGGAAGUUCUCAAAAUUCCUGUAAUAGCUAACGGAAAUAUUCUUUACUUUGAAGAUAUUCAACGAUGCUUAGAUGCGACUGGCGCUGAUGGAGUUAUGUCUGCCGAGGGUAAUUUAUACAAUCCCGCUAUAUUUUCUGGAAUUAACCCCCCAGUAUGGCAAAUGGCAAAAGAAUAUUUGGAAAUUUGUCGGACUGUUCCCACUAAGAUUUCAUAUAUUCGGGGACAUCUUUUUAAGAUUUAUAGACCAGCUCUCCCAUUUCAUGUAGACUUGAGAGAACAAUUGGCCAAAGUUAAUACUCUUGAUGAUCUUUGUGUUUUAUCGGAGAAAUUACAGGAGAGAUUAAUGAAAACUGCAGAAGAAUCAAACCUCUCAUAUAAGAAAAUGACAAAAAUAGCUCAAAUAAUAAUUUUACAUGAUGAAUCUACGUAG